CUGUCGUCUGUUUGUUUCCAAUUUCUGUGUUUUUUGUUUUUGUUUUUUUUCGAAUUCCUCGCACUUGGAUGGUUUAAACUGUCGGUAGCCAUGUUCACCUUUGAUUUUGUAUGUUUACUGAUGAGAAACGAUGAUUCCAGUACCCAGUAUUUGAUUCGGGUGGCCAAGAACAGCUGAAACAAUCAUGAAGAUGUAAACAGCUUCGUUUGUUUUCGAGCCGGAGGAGAAUAAAAGCAGGAUCAAUACAUGAUGGAACUGGCUGGAUAUUUUAAAAUGUGUUACAUCAACUGCAAAAAAGCUCACUAUAAAGUUCUUGCAAAGAACUAUGACUGCUUCUACAAAGAACGCCACGAAGCUCAGUUCAAUAUCAUGAUGAAAUACUUGAAUUUACAGCCUGAUCAUCUUGUAGUUGACCUCGCCAGUGGAACAGGUACCUAUGGUGAGAAAAUGGUCGAGACAUUUAAACUGAAGAAUCCCGUGUGGUGUGUAGAACCUUCUUCAGAAAUGCAAGAAGCAGCCAGGGCAAAGAAGGGUUUGGUUACCAUAGAAAAAACCGCAGAAGAAUUCUUGGAUGAUUUAGACAAACAGCAUCGCUUCAACUUUGCCUUGUGUGUCAGUUCUGUUCAUCAUUUUAGUGAUCCAGUUAAAGUUUACAAGGGCGUAGAAUCGUGUUUAACGUCUGAUGGUGUCUUCAUGAUCGCGCAAAUGGGCGAGUACGUGUCUUUCCCUUUGUUCAAGAAAGCAAAGAAUCGUUUCACCUCUUUCGUUUCCGGCAGAAAGGAAGGCACUUCUGCUUUCCUUCGAUCAGCUAAUUUUGAAGUUGAAGUUUCAGUAGAGCUGUUAGCUUUCAUGGUUAAGAAAUCCAAGUGGUACGACAUGCUGCGAGGACGCUUCCAUAGUACCUUAAAGGAGCUGAGUGACGGGGAAAUCGAAGAAGGAAUUGACGAACUAGACAAAGGAAUUCUUCAACACGCAAAUAGAGAUGAUGACAUCCCCAUUUCUAUGACUUUGUUAAUAUUCAUGGCUAAGAAAAAGUAGGCAUUGAUGCGGCGAUGUACUGUUCAUGGAAUUUCUGUACUGCGUUUCAAUCAUCUAGGGCUAAAUAAAUGUAUAGCACAGUAUGGUAUGUAUAAUCGAAAAGUGAUUUCAACCACGAGGUAGUUAUCAGUUAUUUUUUCAGGCGCUUUUUCGUCAUUAUUACAUUAUCUAUAACCAGUAAUUGAACGGCUUUUAAUGUAACUUCUUAAAAGAUAUUUCGUUUCCUUUAGUUUCCAAGACACUAUUGUAAUAUUCUUGAAGACAAAGGAACAUUGUAGACCUUGAAGAAAAGCGUCUGUUCCUUCGACAUGUCAUGAGAACACUCCUCGUGUUAAUUCGAUUGCACUUAAAUUUUCUGACGUCAGUUUAUGAAUCAAGGGUUUGGUGUCACAUAAUAAACUUAAGAUGUUA